AAUGAUGAAGUCAAUAUAGAACAUUUGGACAGUUCAUUUUCCUUAGAGGAGCAUAGGAUAUGGGGGCUGAUGAUAGCAUGUUUCGGUAUGCUGAUAGUGUGGACAAGUUGUUGAUGUUUUUUGGGACUUUGGGCAGCAUAGGAGAUGGGUUGCAGUACCCUAUGAUGAUGUUUGUUCUUAGUAAAGUGAUCAAUGACUAUGGGAGUAUGCCCAUAGGCUCCUCAAUGUUGCAAUUGGGAGUUUGCCUCUCUGCUUUUGUGGAAGGAAUUUGUUGGACGAGAACAGCUGAGAGGCAGACUUCACGGAUGAGAAUGGAAUACCUGAAAUCUGUCCUUAGACAGGAUGUUGGUUUCUUUGACACUCAAGAUAAUGGUUCUUCCACCACCUUCCAAGUUGUUUCCACCAUUUCUGCUGAUGCCAAUGCAAUUCAAGUUGCAAUUUGGGACAAGAUUCCGGACUGCCUUGCAUAUGUCUCAACUUUCUUUUUCUGCCUCGUAGUUUCCGUCAUGCUCUCAUGGAGACUUACCUUAGCAGCUCUUCCUUUCUCACUUCUGUUCAUUGUUCCGGGGCUUGUAUUCGGGAAGCUCAUGAUGGACGUGACAAUGAAGAUGAUUGAAUCUUAUGGUAUUGCUGGUGGAAUUGCAGAACAAGCAAUUUCCACUAUAAGAACUGUAUGUUCAUAUGAAGCAGAGAAUCAUACACUAAAGAAGUUCAGCACUGCACUUGAAAACACUUUGAAACUGGGAAUAAAGCAAGGUCUUGCUGAGGGCCUGAUGAUGGGAAGUAUGGGAACUAUUUAUAUAGGUUGGGCUUUUCAAGCAUGGGUGGGGACUUAUUUGGUUACAGAAAGAAGGGAAAAAGGUGGGUCUAUUUUUGCAGCUGGUAUCAAUAUCAUCAUGGGAGGAUUGAGUGUGCUCGGUGCAUUGCCAAAUUUAACUGGUAUUACUGAGGCAAAAGCUGCUGCUACUCGAAUCUUUGAGAUGAUUGACCGGGUUCCUGCUAUAGAUACAGAAGAUAAGAAGGGAAAGGCUUUAUCUUAUGUUCGAGGAGAAGUUGAAUUUAAGGACAUCUACUUUAACUACCCGUCAAGACCAGAUACACCCGUUUUACAAGACCUGAAUCUUAGGAUUCCAGCUGGUAAGUCCGUAGGUCUUGUUGGAGGCAGUGGUUCUGGAAAGUCAACUAUCAUUGCAUUGCUGCAAAGGUUUUAUGAUCCCAUUGAAGGAGAAAUUCUCUUGGAUGGAUACAAAAUAAGAAGACUUCAACUGAAAUGGUUCAGGGCUCAGAUGGGUUUAGUUAAUCAGGAACCUGUCCUCUUCGCAACAUCGAUAAAGGCAAAUAUACUGUUUAGGAAAGAAGGGGCAACAAUGGAAGAUGUUAUCAAUGCUGCUAAGGUUGCAAAUGCUCAUGACUUCAUUGUCAAGCUACCGGAAGGAUAUGAAACCAACGAGGCAAUUGAUAAGGCAUUGGUAGGGAGUCUAACAAUCAUCAUUGCUCACCGCCUCUCAACAGUCCGAGCAGCAAAUCUGUUUGCGGUUCUUCAAGCUGGUAGAGUCAUUGAAUCUGGAUCACAUGAAGAACUAAUGCAAAUGAAUGAUGGACAGGGUGGAGAGUAUUCCCAGAUGGAGUUACAGCAGAUGGAAUUGCAAAAUGAAGGUUCUAAUGAUUCUAAUUACCAAGUUGAUGGAAGAAAUAACCAUAAGAUGAAUAUUUCAUCAAGCCCCAUGAGUAUUAGAUCAAGUGCUCCAAGCAGUCCAGUUAUACACCCUUUUAGCCCCUCGCUUUCCAUCGGCAUCCCAUUCUCCUACUCUGUCCAAUGUGAUCCUUCUGACAGUUUUGAAGAAGACACAAAUCUACAAACUCAACCUGCUCCAUCCCAGUGGCAUCUGCUGAAAAUGAAUGCACCUGAGUGGAGAAGAGCCUUAAUUGGAUGUGUGGCUGCAAUAGGAUCAGGAGCAGCUCAACCUAUAAAUGCUUACUGUUUAACCAAAAGGAUUAGGGAAAAUCUGCUCGAAAAGCUCAUGACUUUUGAGAUUGGUUGGUUUGAUGAAGAAGAGAACACAAGUGCAGCAAUUUGUUCAAGAUUAGCCACUGAAGCCAAUAUGGUUCGUUCCCUUGUUGGGGAUAGAAUGUCAUUGCUGGUUCAGGCAAUUUUUGGAUCUAUUUGCUCUUAUGCAGUAGCUCUUGUACUCAGUUGGAGACUGUCCCUUGUGAUGAUACCAGUGCAACCAUUUGUUGUUGGGAGCUAUUACUCAAGGAGUGUCCUGGUGAAGAGUAUGGCAGGAAAAGCCCUAAAAGCACAGAAGGAAGGAAGCCAACUAGCAAGUGAAGCUGUCAAAAACCACAGAACCAUUACUGCCUUCUCUUCUCAGAAAAGAAUGAUUGGGCUUUUGAAAGAAACAUUUAAAGGUCCUAAGAAGGAAAGUGUUAGACACUUCUAUCUUUCAGGUCUUGGCCUAUUUAGUUCUCAAUUCUUUGACACAGCUUCUACAGCAUUAGCUAACUGGUAUGGUGGUAGACUUCUGGCAAGCAGUUUGAUAUCACCGAAGCACCUUUUCCAGGCAUUUUUGGCGUUGCUAUUUACUGCUUAUGUCAUAGCAGAAGCUGGAAGCAUGACUAAUGAUACAUCUAAAGGAAGCAAUGCUGUUAAAUCAGUUUUUGCAAUAUUAGACAGGAAAAGUGAGAUUGAUCCUAAUACUUCAUGGGGAAUGCAAAAGAAAAAAGGAAUUCACAGUCGCAUAGAGCUGAAAAAUGUGCUAUUUGCAUACCCUGCAAGACCUGAUCAGAUGAUCUUUAAGGACCUGAACCUCAGAAUUGAUGCCAGGAAGACGGUGGCACUAGUGGGACAAAGUGGUUCUGGAAAAUCUACCAUCAUUGGCCUCAUAGAGAGGUUCUAUGAUCCAUUGCAGGGAACAGUGUUAAUAGAUGGACAGGACAUAAGGAACUAUAAUCUGAGACUACUGAGGGCAGGCAUUGCCCUAGUUAGCCAGGAACCAACUCUUUUUGCAGGAACUAUCCGUGAAAACAUUGCCUAUGGAAAAGAGAAUGCUAAAGAAUCCGAGAUCAGGAAGGCCGCAGUUAUGGCUAACGCUGAUGAAUUUAUAAUUGGAAUGAAAGAUGAAUAUGAUACAAAUUGUGGAGAAAGAGGAGUUCAGCUAUCUGGUGGCCAGAAGCAAAGGAUUGCACUUGCCCGUGCCAUACUGAAGAACCCUGCAAUUCUACUUCUGGAUGAGGCUACCAGUGCCCUUGACAGUGUCUCAGAAAGCUUGGUUCAAGAAACACUUGAGAAGAUGAUGGAAGGCAGAUCAUGUGUAGUCGUGGCUCACCGGUUAUCAACCAUACAGAAAUCUGAUACCAUUGCUGUGAUCAAGAAUGGAAGGGUUGUCGAACAAGGGUCACACAAUGAACUAAUGUCCUUGUGUUGAAAUGGAACUUACGGGUCACUGAUAACAUUACAAAGCAAUAACCCUCCUUACCACUAAAGCAUGGUAGUUUCA